AUGACCGGAAACCCCAGAGUCAAAUCACUCUCGGAUCUUCCACUAGAGAUCAUCCAUCUGACACUCAAUCACCUUCAACAAUCUCAUCAGCUCGGCACAUUGGCUUCAUUGCAGCGAGCGCCCAAGUAUCAUUACGAUCUAACCACCCCAAGCCUAUACAAAGAGAUCAUCGUCAAUGAGGUUGAACUCGCGCAGCUGAUCCUACCUGUGAUAUUUGGCAAAGCGAUUCCGGUAUUAUGCACGAAAUUGACGUAUUCAGGACUGAGCAUGGCUCACUAUCUCCAAUCCGAAUCAAGCAAACUUUGCAAAAACCUAUCGUACACCGAAAAGAUCACUUUGAUCCAAUCACAAUUCAAAGGGAACUGUGCAACACCAACCGAAGGGAUAUUCUCUUCAGAUUUCGGAAGGGCCGAGGAAGAGGAAGAAAAUGUGACCGAAUCAACAACUACUUUCUCGCGUACUACCCUUUUCCCCCAACUCAAAUACGUCUCCUUGCAACUCUCCAAAAGGAUCAAUCCCUUGCUGGAAGAUAUCACCCGAAUCUUGAGUCUUCAUUGUAAUCCUCGAAGUGUAUGUGUUAAAUGGAUGGAUACAACGGACUACGAAAUGAAUGACAUUGCUGGUAGAACGAGAGCCCUCGGAGAAGAUAUGUUAAAAUUGAUGCUAUCAUUCAGCAGCAAUCCCGUCAACUUUGUUAUCCAUGCCGCUGAAACCGAUUUUCCGUUCACCGGGAUGGGUAGACACGAAAUAAUUCGAAUUUCUUACCGCUCACCCUUCAAAGAAUCAACGAUAGCAAACCAAGUAGAGAUGGAUCAUUUGAUAGGUUUCUGCCUCAAUACGGGAUCUGUGCUCAGUGCUCAAGAAUCUUUCCAUAUCGAGUCGGCGCGAAUUGUCCUACCUCCAGGAUUAGACGAAUCAGUCAAACAUGCAACCGAGACUGUCAAGUCAACUGCUGAACAAUUCUCUAUUGAUUACUCGUCCGUAUCCAACCGAAAUGAUUUCGACAUCACGAAAAGUUAUAAGUGGAUUGAGAGCAUACAAUGGGUGUAUGGUGAAGAGGCUGAGAAAGAAUCACCCUGUGAGGUCUGCGGUAUGUCGGUAUGA